CCACUCUUUCCAUCGGCGCUCCUCGUUGCGCUGCUCAUCGUGACGCUUCUGCCACAGAGACGGCGGCGAGGACGAUACGCGCCAAGACGGUCCCAGGUGCACAGGUCCCACUCACCGCUCAGUGCAAAGUCGCGUCGUGCCGUGAGUGCAUGAACCAACCAACCAACCAACCAACACAAGGAGAGUGCCAGUUCUUCGUCCUUAUUCGAGUGCUCAGCAACAGUACUGUUUGUCAGUUUUAGUUCUCCAUGACGACGGUGGCGUUUAUUAACUCUAAUCGGCGUUGCGUUUGUGAAAAGUAGUUUAUCAACAAGUUUUCAAGUUGAUGACAAAAACAAUACAAGGAAUAACUUUUCUACAGAUUUGUGUGAUACACUGAAAUGACGGCUAUAUUCAACAGCCGUGUGCCAGCGGCUUUACUGGGUCUAGUGGCUUGGUCGUCAGCGAUACAGUUCGCACCCUCCGAUGGGGGUGGGGAGUGCGCCCUUCGGCUGGACGGUCCGGGGAGGUCUAGUGCGUUUGACUUCCACCUCAACACGCUCAGGGGUGGACCUUUUGGUGCUGGAGGUUCAGGGACCUGUAUCACUUACGAUGCAGUCAAUCAUGCAUACAUUGAAGCCAGAAAGAGAAUACAGGUAUCCCAGCCGCAUGGAGAGUGGAAACCACACGAAGUGGCAUCAGUUGGAGAGCUGCUACUCGACAUGUCCAUUCAGCUUGCCAAACAGUGAGUAUUGCAAAACAUUCUCAAACGAUUGCAAUUCGAACAUGAUUGAUUGAAUAGUAUUUUCAUCAAAACUUAGCACAAGAAUUCAACUCCGUUCUAUCACAUUGUGAAGAAGUUCUUACAUUUCAAUGCAAGGAAGACGAUUGAAACCUUAAACCUUGAUUCGCAA